AUGCACUGCCCGUCCGUGCGCUGGCUCUUCCUCGGCCUUGCACUGGCGUUUGUGGCCCUGCACAUCUUCGACGCUCGCACUGUUGCGCCGGCGUCCGGGGCGGCCAUGUCUCCUGACCUCGCCCGGCGAGCGCUCUCGCUGUACCGCAUUGCCACCACCGCGUGGCCGGCGCGCUCCUUCGGAUCGCACCGUGCGCGUCUGGUGCUCGACGCUCCCGGGGACAUCGCGUGGGCGCGAGUCGAGUGGCGGCUGCCCGGCCUACCGAUGGCCAAUCGCAAGCUCAUCCUCGUCGACGAGAGGACCGGGAGCACCGUGCGCGGCGUGCAUGUCGUGUCGGCGACCACGGAGGCGGCUGAGAUCCUCUUCGACGCCGGCUACAGCAACGCGCACGGCUACGGCUCCUCGUGCAAGGCGUGGGAGUCGCACCUCGACCCUGUGCCGUGGUGCUACGUGUCCGAGGCGUGCGGCGCGCCAGACGUGCGGCGCGGCUCGUACUCGGAGGCCUACCUGGACUGCACCCCAGCACGGACCGAGAAGGACGCGUUUCACCCGAUGGAGGUGGCGGCGAGCGCAGCGGAGACGGAGGCGAAAUCUGGUAGGCGGUACCCGAUCCGGAUGCUCGACCGGCUGCCACUGCGUUGGCUGGGCAGGGGCGUGGCGCCGCCCAACGCGACGGCCUUCCGCGGCGAGGCGAGCCGCGGGGAGUUCUUUGUCUUUCAGCUGGGCGAGCACGCGCCACUCCGCCCCAAUUGCACGGCGGCUGCCACCGGGGAGGAGACCUAG